AUGUCUACCAAAUUCACACACACCAUAGUCAAACCGCUCCCCGCAGGCGUCGCCAAAGCCAGCGUCCUGCGCCUCCUGCACGACCACGCGCUCCUCAUCCGGCUCAACCCGCUCGUCGCGGCGCACGCCCUCACCUCCGCGGCGCCCGAGCGCGAGACGUACACCGUCACCGACCGCAUCCCCGUGCUCUUCUGGGAGGGCACGACGACGUACACCGCGUCCUUCGCGGACACGCCGGACGGCGUGCGCACGCGCAUCAAGGCCAUGGGCUUGGUGAGCGAGGGCGAGUUCACCGUGGAGGAGCGGCAGGAGGGGCUGGUGUUGCUGGAGAGGGCGGAGGUGACGUGCCCGUGGGUCGUGAGGUGGUUCGUGGAGGGGAAGAUGCGGGAGAGCCAUACGGCGUUGGUGGAGAGGUUUGCGGAGAAGGUGAAAGAAUUGUAA